GACCAUGAUCCAUUGUUGUAUAUUCAUCUUCUUCCUUGGAGGAUUAGCAACUGUUAGCUUCUAUAAAAACAAUAAACAAGAAGUUGCAAUGCACAACAUUGCUGUUACUCUUUCAAAUGCAUUUACAAAUAACAAUACUGAUACACGAGUUUUUGAUCAUCAGGUAUCACCAUCCUCAACAGCCACCUGUGAUUUGUUCUCCGGCAGAUGGGUACUCGAUAACACGAGUCAUUAUCCUUUGUAUAAAGAACAACAGUGUCCUCGUCUCGAAGAUACGUUUGCUUGCCAAACUUAUGGUAGAAAGGAUUCCAAGUAUCUGCAUUGGAAGUGGCAACCACAUGGCUGCGACUUCCCUAGGUUUGAUGGGAAAGCAAUAGCAGAGAGAUUAAGGGGUAAAAGACUAUUGUUUGUGGGAGAUUCUCUAAACAGAAAUCAAUGGAAUUCAAUGAUUUGCAUGCUCUACUCAUCCAUCCCAGGGGUCAAGACGGCUGGUGGAGGUCUCAGUGGUCUCUUGCGCACUUUCAGGGCCGCUGACUACAAUAUCUCAGUUGAUUUCUACUGGGCUCCGAUGCUAGUUGAAUCUUUGGGCGAUAGUCCAACAAACCAUCACACUGAUAAUAGAAUUGUUAGAAUUAAAUCCAUUGAAAAACAUGCUAGACAUUGGAUUGAUGCAGAUAUACUCAUCUUUAAUUCCUUUCAUUGGUGGAGAUCACCGGUAGUGAAACUCUUAAAGAGUGGUGGAUCUUUGUUGGAUGACCCUAAUCAAGAGUAUGAAGAAGUUGAUAGUCUUAGCGCGUACAAGAUGGGUCUCAAAACGUGGUCUAAUUGGGCACAGACCCAUAUUGAUCCUUUGAAAACCAAGUUAUUUUUCAUGGGUGCUACAGCAACUCAUUCGAGGGCUAAGGAUUGGGGUGGCACGAAUAAGUGGAACUGCUAUGGGGAGACGGAACCAGUGAUGGAUGACGGAUUUUGGGAAAGCGGAACAAAUUCAAAAAUGUUGAGUAUACUGGAUUCAUCGUUGAGAAAAUUAAAAGAGACAGGAGUAAAUAUACAGAUUAUAAACAUAACACAACUAACACAAUGCAGAAAAGAUGGGCACACUACUGUUUACAGGAAACAAUGGCGUCCCUUAACUGACGAGCAAAAGAAGAACCCGGGACUUGCUUCAGAUUGUUCCCACUGGUGUCUUCCUGGGGUUCCUGAUAUUUGGAAUGAGCUUCUCUUGGCUUACAUUUUCCGAUAACAAAAUCCAACGGGAGAUUUGUAAAAUUGUUAAGAAACAAAGGAAAUGAAGAAUACAAUUGUCAUUAUGUAUCGUAUACAAGUAUGUUGAUCACUUUAAACAUUUGUUUCUAUACAUUUAUGUAUUCCAGGCAUUAAUCCUGGAAAUUGUUUGUUUUAAGAAGGUUGACACUUUACAGAAACUUAUACUUCAUUUUCGUGCCAGGAGCACUUGAUCCCUUCA